AUGUCUGCAGACAGUGAUGGUGUAGAGCCCACGAGUGCUCCUUCAAUCAACACCAAAGGUCUCAGCUACGCCUUCCCAGACGGCUCAUCCGGCCUGAAGGAUGUCGUGCUCGACUUACCCCCCGGGAGCCGAACCCUUUUAAUUGGAGCAAACGGCGCGGGCAAGACGACGCUGCUCCGGCUGCUCUCCGGCAAGCGCCUCGCCCCCACCGGGACCGUGUCCAUCGGCGGCGUCGACCCCUUCAAGGAAGGCCUCCAAGGGCGACGGCACUACCCGGACCGCAAGGACGAGCUCGUCGCCAUCCUCGACAUCGACCUGCGCUGGCGCAUGCACGCGGUUUCCGACGGCGAGCGGCGCCGCGUCCAGCUCGCCAUGGGCCUGCUGCGGCCCUGGACCGUGCUGCUGCUAGACGAGAUCACCGUCGACCUGGAUCUGUUGAGCCGCUCCGCUUUUCUGGCCUGGCUGAAGCGCGAGACCGAGGGUCGCGCCUGCACCAUUGUCUAUGCCACGCAUAUCUUGGAUAAUCUGGCGCAGUGGCCGACGCAUCUGGUGCAUAUGCAUCUGGGAAGGGUGAAGGAGUGGGGGAGUAUGGAGAGGUGGGAUCUGGCCAAGAUCAAGUCGAGCGGGAAUAGUCAGUUGGGCGAUUUGGUGUUGCAUUGGUUGAAGGAGGAUUUGGAGGAGCGCGGUCCGAGACAUGGACAGAGUGAGGGCAAGACGUAUGAAAGUAUGGAUGGCAAGGGAGGUUAUGGUCAGGAGACGAGGUUGGAGAAGCAAGCUUGA